AUGGCGGAGCCGCUGAAGUACACUAGCGAAGGAGUUCCAAAGAACUGGAACGGAAAAGACUGGGGCAGUAUCACGAGAUCGUCGCUGACCUCGGCGGAGGCAGAGGACGACUUCGACGACAAGCAGUUGACGAUCAAGCAGAUCAUCGGGAUGUCGCUGCCAGCGGACAUCUUUCACCAAGUGCGCGACAAGACCACCGGGACGGACAUGUGGAAGACGCUUUGCGUGAUCUACGAGGGCCGGGCAAACAAGACGACCAUGGCUCAUCGCGCAGAGAGCAUCCGGCAUGAGCUGGGGAUGAUUAAGCUGUCACCGGGUGGAGAUCAGUUUGAUGAUGUCGCCAUGGUUGAGCUGAUGCUGAACAGCUUGCCGCACCAGUACAGAUUUGAGAGUCUGAAGAGUGGAGUGCGCUACAACAGCGCAGAUGACUUCAUCACGCCAGAGCGGACUCGCGAGCUGAUUCGUGUUGCGGACUCUCGUCAGAAGGCAUACCAGACCAAGAGCGGGACUGGACAACGCGGUAACCAGAAGAUUGGUGUGACUAGCGGGGCUGGCAGUAAGGUGAAAACUGGAAAUGGUGAGGACCAACAACUGGGUGGCAAAUUGAAGGACUCAAAGAAGAAAAGACCCAAGAAGUGCUUCAUUUGUGGGGGCACCGAGCACUUGAGGGCUGAGUGUCCUGAUCGAGUGGAGGGCAACCACGGGGGCGGAGCUAAUACUAAUGAGCAGUAG